AUGGCCUAUUUUCAUCAUCAUAAUCAUCACUAUCCCGUGCCCAAUGUCCCACAACGUGGGUACUGCCUCAAUAUGACUGGUUCGUCGCCACCUCAACAGUGGCCCACACCAGCGCAUUCACUGGCUUCGACCGUUCGAUCUGCCCAUGGGGAGAUUUCCGACGAGGAGCAAGUUUCCCUGGCUAGGCCGUCUCCUCGGUCUCCAAUCAGCCAGCAUGGGGCUGGCUUCCCAUUUCAGAACCGAAAGGAAGCUCGUUACUUGAUGUACUACAUCAAGGAUUUCUCUUCCUGGAUUGACAUUUGCGACCCAGCUCGCCAUUUCGCUCGCGAGGUUCCAAGACGCGCUUGUGACGACCCCCUGUUGGCAUUCUCGUUGCUGGCAUUCACAUCUCGAUUCUUCUGUCUUAGAACUAGGGUUCAUGAUCCAAGCAGCGACAUUUACUAUAGUAAAGCUAUUCAGCUACUUAUUCCUGCGUUGGAUGAUCCCAUCGCGUCUAUAGAUGAAAACAUUCUUGCAGCGAUCGUACUACUGCGUCUCAAUGAAGAAAUGUCAGGAAGCACCCGUUUGUUAGACCUGGCAUCAAGCUUUGCCCCUCUUGGAGGCCUUGGUGAAGCGGCGAGCUGGCUUCUCUUGCGACAAGACAUGUUUGUCUCGCUCACAAGGUCCCUGAGUCCCACAAGUACCUAUGAGAAUUAUAGAAACUCGGCCUUUUUCACUAGCUCUACACCUGAGGCUAUGGCUAACCGGGCGGUCUUUAUGUGCAGUCAAGUGCUUGCCUAUGCGUUCCGGAAUGACGCAAGGCUGGAUGUCGACAGGUGGCAGGAGCUAAAUACUGGCGUGGCAGAGUGGUAUGAUAGUGCCCCGAAGGAGUCUCUUCCAUACUUCGCAAGUCUACCCAGCGAUGAUCCCCAGAAAGACGGGUCGUGUUUUCCAACAUGCUGGAUGACACGGCCGCAAUACGUGCUUGCAUAUCAACACUAUUAUCUGGCUCGAUUGCUUCUGAGUGCCUUUGAUCCUCAGCUAUGGAAGCCUGGCCCUGAUGCUCUGAGAAAGCGACCUGAGGCUGACGAUAACAUCCGUAAUUUCAUGGGACUAAUUGUUGGGUUGUCGAUCAGUCAUCCGGACAUGAUGACAGGACGAUUCAUUGCGCACCACGCGCUACAUGCAUUCGGAUCAUGGAUACAGGAUGGAAGACAACGGAAUGAAGUGCUGGAGUUUCUACAAACACUGCGUGAUUUGUCAGGAUGGCAAACAGCGCCCCUGAUCGCGCGAUUGACCCGGCAAUGGGCUGAUGGGAUAGCCUAA